AUGUCCACCACUCGUAGCGAACGCCACUCAGUAGCCAACGAUUCUUCUGCCUUCCCCGUGGUGGCAUUUGAAUCCCAGCGCGCGGCAGACGAUGUAUCCCAAUCCACCACCCGCGCUGUCCCUGCCUACGCUGCGGUGGGCAGCCCCGAUUAUGCGUACUUUGAGUGGGACGCGUCCCAACCGGUCCUAUCACCAGCCAUCUCCGCCAGCCCACCAGCAGCUGUCAUAUCCGCUAGCACACCCUCCCCCAUCACAUUUUCUACCAGCACAUCAAGCACCUUGAGGCCGGCCAAGCGUCCUCGCACAGACGACGACGCGCCGCGAGGCUCGCUGAAAGUGCCGCGGCUGGCUCAGGAAGGGGGAUCAUCCUCUCCUGAAACUGCCACAACCGAGAUCCCGCCUAAGCGCAAGCGUGUGCGCAAAAGCGACAAGGGACUCGAUCAUAUUCCGCGGCCAUUAAAUUGCUUUAUACUUUUCAAAAACGAUUACAUUCGGCGGCAGCGCGAGUCCGGCUACGAAGUGAUGUCGAAGAACAUCCUGAAGGAGAUUGGCGCGAUAUGGCGCUCGCUUCCCCAUGAUCAGUCUCAGUACUGGAAGGAAAAGGCUAAGGGCGUCAAGGCAAAGCACGAAAUAGUCAACCCGGGCUAUACAUACAAGCCCGUACACAAAAAGAAGAUGGGAAGGCCUCCAAAGGGCGAACCUCGGAUGAGCGACAAUGCUGGAGAGCUGGAAGGAGAGAAGGGGAAAGAGAACGACCUGCGGCCGGAAGAAGACAAAGUGGACAAGCCAGCGGAUACAUUGACUAAGAACGAGGAUGGUCGCGCUGUAGAAACUAUGCGAGCGGUGGCGGUUCGUCAGGGUGAUAGUCUGUGGCGUUUACAGGCUCAAGCUCACCUUCCGCUCCAUGUGUUGCCCCUUCCACAAAGCGCCCUCACAGUGCAGUAUGCUGAGACAACCAGUGGAUGGCCUAAUGCGACGCAAGCAGUGCUGCAGUCUCAGUCGCAGUUCACAUCGGCGGUGACGUCAUUCCAGCAGGCGGGACCGUCCUGUCUCUCCAGCCCUCAUGCAUGGCAGCCGGCCCAUCUAAACCCAAUGCACUCCCAGAACAUGAAUGCGGCAGCGUAUAAUGGCGUUGUCUGGCCUGAUGUCGCAUAUUCCGCGACAUAUCAUUUGACGCCCGGCGGCUAUUACGACCCGAGCUCGUCCUGCGUUGUGGACCGCGCGUUCUCCCAGUCCGCUCCUCCGAAACCGAACGCACAAGGACCCUCGGAAGAGGAUGUGGCACAGAUGCUCGCCGUGCUUGAGGAGCAAGAAUUGCUUGUCUCACAACAUAGGGAUUCUCCCGACUUGGAGACACCGCUGACGUUCCCGGCACCGGUCCACGACCGCCUCAUGGCACCCGAAGAGCUGCCGCAGAGUGCAGGCCGGUUUUCUGACAUGCUUCGAGACAUUGAUCGAUGGUACAUGCAGAGUGAGAUCGAGCCAUCAGCGGCACCUAAUAGUGGGCUCCACGCCCGAGUUCGGACCGGCACGGUGAAGUGCAGAUCACACGGUGUCGUCGGUCGCCCUACAGGUUUCGGGCCGACAAAGAGCCCCCCGCCAAUGGCGCAGGGGACCGUCCUCGCGCAGCGAACGCCGCGUCGGUGGUCCGACAACGAGGCAAAUGAACAGAACGGGGGGCGGGCAGGCGGCGCUCCCUCCGAACUUCAGGCAUCAUGCCGGACGAGCGGCGCCCGGAGGGGGGGUAGUGGACAGCGGGGCAUCAAGAGCCAGAGCGCGCUCCUCCCACAAGAUGAGUAG